CAAAUGAAAAGGAAGGAGACCUAUAAACUGAAACUGAACCCACAAACCAGACCACCACAUUAAAUUCGACUCACACACAAAUAGCAACCAUGGAUCAAACUCCCCAUAUAGCCAUCCUACCCAGUCCAGGAAUGGGUCACCUCAUCCCACUCGCCGAGUUCGCCAAGCGACUCGUUCUUCACCACAACUUCUCCGUCACCAUCAUCGUCCCCACCACCGGACCACCACCCAAAGCCCAAAAGGAUGUCCUCCAAUCCCUCCCUGUCGGCGUAAAUCACAUCUUUCUUCCACCGGUCAGCUUCCACGACUCCACUCAUAGUCGGGACAUCAACGCCGAGACCAAAAUCUUCCUCACUAUGUCUGGCUCUCUUUCCUCCCUCCGCGACACGUUGAAGUCGUUAAUUGCGACCACCCAUUUGGUCGCUCUCGUCGUAGAUCCAUUCGGCACCGAAGCCUUCAACGUCGCUAAUGAGCUUCACGUCUCGCCAUACUUGUUAUUUCCAUCGUCGGCAAUGACUCUGUUGUUUUGCCUUCAUUUGCCAAUUCUUGAUCAGACAGUUUCAUGUGAAUAUAGAGACUUAGCUGAACCGGUUCAACUUCCGGGUUGCGUCCCGGUUCAGGGAAAAGAUUUCCUAGCUCCGGUUCAGGACCGCUCCAACCCAGCAUACAAGGGGUUUCUUCAACAGGUAAAGCGGUUCACUUCAUGUGAAGGAAUUUUAGUGAACUGUUUCAUGGAUAUGGAAGAGGGGGCCAUAAAAGCUUUGCAAGUAGAAGAAUCGGGUAAGCCGCCGAUUUAUCCCAUUGGACCUCUUAUCCAGACCGGUUCAAAUGUCGGACCGGAUCGGCAUGAGUGUUUGCAAUGGCUGGAUAAUCAGCCAAGUGGCUCGGUCCUGUUCGUCGCUUUCGGGAGUGGUGGGACCCUCUCUAGUGAGCAGCUCAAUGAAUUGGCAUUCGGAUUGGAGAUGAGCGGCCAAAGAUUUUUGUGGGUUGUAAGAAGCCCAAAUGAUAAAGCUGCCAAUGCUGCAUUCUUUAGUGUCCAAAGCCAAGAUGACCCUUAUGGUUUUUUACCGAAUGGGUUUUUGGACAGGACCAAAGGUCGAGGCCUGGUGGUGCACUCUUGGGCACCACAGGUGGAGGUCCUGAGCCAUGGUUCAACCGGUGGGUUCAUAACCCACUGUGGUUGGAACUCGACACUAGAAAGUGUGGUCAAUGGGGUGCCACUAAUUGCUUGGCCACUUUAUGCAGAGCAAAAGAUGAAUUCUUUAAUGCUAAAUGAGGGACUAAAAGUGGCUUUGCGUCCACAAGCUAAUGAACAUGGUCUGGUGGUUCGAGAGGAAAUUGCAAAAAUAGCAAACAGUCUAAUGGAAGCAGAAGAAGGGAGUCUGAUUCGCAACAGAAUGAAAUCCUUGCAGAGCGCUGCUAGAAAUGGCUUAAAUGAAGAUGGAUCCUCAACAAAGUCGCUAUCCAAGUUGGUGAGUAAGUGGAGGAAUCAUAAACACGUUUAAUAUCCUUUUGUGUGUUGGGAUUUAUAAAUUCAGGAAGGCUCAAAUAUUGUAGUUUGAAAUUUGUUGUUGUUGGCUUGUACUUGGACUUUGUCCAUAGCUUUUUAAUAAGAACUAAUAUGUUUUGUCAAAAAUAUUUAGUUAGUUAUUGUAUAACUCUCCGAAGAAAGAACCUCAUAUUUUGUUCACGAACUUG